CUUGCAAUACUCCAACCCGGUCUCCAGCCUUUCUAUUAUAUCUACGUCUUUGAAACACGGAUAGACACUCUCUUGACGCAAAUCGCAAUUUUACUCCAAUACUAGGCGCAAUCUACACUACUGUGGGAAACUGGAUCAUCACCACGCGCCACUGAACCUCUCCCCGAGCGCUCUUCUUGUUCGCAACUCACAUCCACGGACGUCCUGUCAAGGAUAUACUCCCAAAAUCUCUCAAUGGCUACUGAAGUGAGCCAAGGUUCUGCUCUCGCCGAGCAACUGCAAGCUGUAGUACAACCAAAGCUGGUAGAACUUGGUUGGAGCACGGGCGGACUCGAUGACUCUGCGCUCAGCGAAUACAUCAUUUUGAUGCUAGUGAAUGGGAAGAGUCAAGAUCAGAUAGCAUCGGAACUCUCUGAAGACUUGUUGAAUCUCGGACCUGAAGAUGCUGGUGCUCAAGAAUUCUCGAAGUGGCUUUUCGUGCAGGUUAACGCAUUGAAUGCGGGCUUACAUGGAGGCUCGUAUGUUGCGCCAACUGAAUCCACAGUAUCAACAGAAAGCGGAAUGAAAAGUGAGGAGAAAGAACCGACUGCGGAUGCUGAGAUGAACGAAGCGAUUGAUGGAGGUUCAGGAUCAAUACCAACUGGACCCAAGGCAAUGCGUAACGGACACACGAACCCUCGAGAUAAGCGUAUGCUUGGUAAUAUCAACAAAACGCUAGAUCGCUCGGGAGACUCUCCCCUUCAUCGAGUGCGCGGAACGACGGGUAGUGGACGUAUCAAUUCCCAUUCCAGGGAACCACCCAAAGGACCGCGAGCCAAGCUCAAUCACCGAAAUAUUCAGCAAAUGGCGGGUGGCACGGCGCCGCAGAUGCAGAUGUCAGGCAUGAUGUCGAAUCACCUAGCGAAUGGCAUGUCAAGUCUUCCACCUGGGCAACAAAUGGAAAUGCUCGCGUACUGGGAACAAGGUGCCCGGAUGAUGCAGCAGCUCAUGUCAAAUGGUGGAGUUCCGAAUGGUGGGCCGGUCUUCAAUCCUGCGUUCCAGCGGGGGAACCAACUACCGCAAGGGAAAUCACUCUUUGACAGAGUUUCGAAGCCCCGUCGCCAACCAAAAUCAGCCCCCAAGGAUUCCGAUAUGGGAGGAACAAAUGAUGGAGGAACAGGUAUGGACUUUGAGUUGUCCCAACCCACGAAGCCAGCCUCCGAAACAAGAUGUCGCUUCGAUCUCAGCUGUACGAACCUAGACUGCACGUUUGCGCAUCAGUCGCCAGCUGCCAAGCCUGGCAUGACUUUGGACAUGUCCACAGACUGUAGCUUUGGUGUAGCAUGCAAGAACUUCAAAUGCUCCGGGAAGCACCCGUCCCCAGCAAAGCGGACUUCGUUCCAGUCGGAGAAAGAUUGCGAAUGGGGUCCUAUGUGCAAGAAUCCGACAUGUCACUUCCGCCAUUCCACAAUGCCUCCCUGCCGCAACGGAGGCGAUUGCACAAUCGAAGGCUGCAAGUUCGCACAUACACGUGUUACUUGCGUCCACAAUCCUUGCACAAGACCUGGAUGCGCGUUCAAGCACGCAGAUGGCCAGAAGAAAGGAAAGUUUGGAGACAAGGUUUGGACAGCGCAUGGCGAAGGGAACUCGCAUGUCAGCGAGCGCAAAUUCGUUGAUGAAGAAGGCGAAGAAGAACUUAUCAUACCCGGUCACCAAGUCACGGUUACCCCAGGGGAAGCAAUUAUUACGUGAUGUCAUUUCAACAAAGGAGUUUUGGUAUGGGACCUACUCUUGGCGGCAGAUAGGCGAAGAUACCUUUUCCUGUACUUAUAUGAAUUCUGGUGCGGCUAUAGUACAUGUUAGGCAGGGCUACAUGCCUCAAAUCAACGGAGAAUUAACAGUCACCCUGAAUCUGGUCAUUCAGUCGGGGUUAUGAAUAUAUACCGAUUUUCC